GGUCAUGGCAGAUAGGUGGGUGGUGUAAAUCAAUCCAGUGAGAAUCGUCUUGUAGUCGCAGUACACCCCAUUACAGAAAAAAGAAUCCAAUUCUGAUUGGUAGAAUGUGUUCUCACAGCAUUAAGGUCACAUCAGAAACAACAAUUUGUUUGAAUUCCUCAUUGUUGAUCUCUGACUAAACAUUUCUCAUAAAAAACUGCAACCAAGUUUCCAAGAACAGGGCUUGAAUGGGGAUCGAUUCUGUUCAGAACAGAUGGAUGGUUUUGGUAGCCUGCAUGUGGAUUGAAUGUUGUGCAGGACCAUCAUUUGGCUUCAGUAUAUAUUCUCAGGCCAUAAAGACCCGAUUUGGCUACAACCAACAGCAAUUGGAUACCAUCUCUGUUUACAGCAGCUUAGGAGUUUUUGGGGGCAUACUCUCUGGCCUGUUAAACCAGUGCCUCCCUGCCUGGCUUGUUCUGCUCAUUGGGUCUCUCCUCAAUUUGGCAGGCUACACAAUUGUAUGGCUGUUUGUAUCUGGGAGACUACCAGUUCCUCCAUUGUGGGAGCUGGGUUUAUUUACCUGUAUUGCCCUCAGUGGCUCCUUAUACUUCAACACAGUUUCACUGGUGACCUCUGUAAAUAGUUUUCCAGAUAACAGAGGACUAGUGGUGGGUUUGAUGAAGGGAUGCCUUGGUCUAAGCAGUGCCAUUCUGUCAACAGUAUGGAAGGUAUUGUUUCCAGAUUCAGAUGGGUCUGACUAUUUGUUAGUGGGGGCCAUAGUCCCAUCUGUAGUGGCCUUUCUGCUCAUGCCAAUUGUGAAGAAAUGUGAACCAGAUGACUGUAAAAAUGGGUCUUCAAGAACUAUGCAAAAUCUCGCUUUGGCGGCUGCACCCAUGGUGUUUUUAGCAGUGUUUUUCAUGGCUUCCAGUUUCUGGGAUGGACACUCUUUGCAGGUUUUACAGGGGGAUCGAGUGAAGCUUGUUGUGACACUUAUCACUAUAGCAAUUCCCUUGUAUGUGGCAUGGAAAGCGAGCACUAAUGAGAGGACUUCAAUUGGAAACAAAACAGUUUUGGUGCCACUAACUACUCAAGAAGAUUCAAAUAAUUUUGAUAAAUAUGUCAUUAUUGAGUGUGCUGAUAGUUCGUUGUGGAGAACAAUUUGCAGCAUUAAUUUUUUUCUAGUAUUGUUUUCUUCUGCAGUUGCUAUAGAAUCAGGUGGAGUGACAAUUAACAACAUGAACCAGAUUGCAACAUCUCUUGGAUAUGCACAACAAGACAUCACUAUAUUUGUCACUUUGAUAUCAGCAAGUCAAUUUUUAGGUCGCUUUGGGAGUGGAGCAUUGUCUGAUUAUUUGCUCUCCAACUUUGGAGUAGCAAGGCCAAUAUUAGUUGCACUAGCUCAAUUAAUUUUGUGUUGUGGGUAUAUGCUUAUAAUAAUAGCGGGCACUUUUCCUCAAGCUCUAUACUUAGGUUGCAUUUUCAUAGGAUUUUCUUUUGGGACAAAUUGGUGUUUAAGUUCCAUUACUAUAUCUGAUUUAUUUGGACUACACCAUUUUGGGACAUUAUACAAUGUCAUGAUGAUGGGGAAUCCAAUUGUAUUGUAUGUUCUAUCUGUGUGGGUUGCAGGAUAUCUCUAUGAUAUAGAAGCAGCUAAGCAAGGAGGGGGGCAAUGCAAGGGUAGCACAUGUUUUAAUCUUACCUUCAUUAUUUUGUUUAGUAUUUCUAUGUUUGCAACAUUAGCAUCAUUCGUUCUCUGGUGGAGAACAAGAUAUAUUUAUAGAAAAAGAAUGGAUAACUAAAUAGGUAUUGUGGACAUAGUGGUAAUAGACACAAGUUUAAGGUUGAAUGCUUCAA